UUACAUUUUUAAAUACAUAUUAAAGUAUCUUGAAUCGAUAAAUAUCGCUACAGAAAUUUUAAUUACGAUUUGUUUUUAUUUAUAACAGAUUUUUUUUUAUCCAGAGAUCAUUAUGGACGUAAACAGUAUUGAAAAUCAGGAGGGAUGUUGUGUGGAAGAGGAUGACACGACAGCAAAGAGAGUUGAAAGUGAAAGCACAAUUCCAGUAUCACAAGAUAACAUUAAUAGUCAAGGAACAAGUGACAUCAAAGACAAAGGACGUGAAUCUCAGCUAUCACCUUUGAAGGAGGGGUCUAAUCUUCUAACUAAAAUAAAAACUGAAGAUGGAGGUUCAGAAAUGAUUUGCACUGUUGUUGAUUGCGGCACUGAGGAAGAAGGCAUCAUGAAUGAAUCUGAGAAAGAGACAUCGCCAGAGAAAGAAAGAGACUCUUCUAAUGCAAAGACCUUUGAGGAUUUUUCUUUCUCCAGCAAGAAUGAAAAAGAACCACUGACUGCCGAAAAUGCAGUGUCAACUGAAGUAACAGAAGUGAUUGUAUUAGAUGCCAAGAAUGGUGAAGUUAAUGGAGUCUUCAGUGCAAGUGCAGAUAUCACUCAGUCAGAUUCAGCAUACAGAGAGAAACAGGAUGAAUCAUGUGAUUCCAGUAGUGAUUCUGAAGAUUCUGUGAUCUUUGUGCAGGCAGAAGAGAAGUGUAUAAUCAUUGAAUCAGAUGACCAGGAGGAGAACAAAUCAAGAGGAAAGAAGGAGAGUGAAAUAAGAACUAAAGGAGAAUUAUAUCCAGAUGAGUUGCCUCCCCUAGAGGAACUGGUUAUAACAGUUGAUCCCAAUGUAGAGCUUGUCCAUACCGGCACAAUCACAGGAAUUGUGGGAUGUUUGGUGAUAGUAAAGGCCAAUCAAAACAUACCUCCACUGAAUGAGAACACCAUUCUAUUCCUGGAAGGAAGAAUUGUCCUUGGACAGAUCUUUGAGGUGUUUGGACCUGUUGGAUCUCCAUGGUACUCGCUCAGGUUCAACAGUCACAAAGACAUCGAGAAGAAGUCCAUCUCUUGUGGACAAAAAGUUUACUGUGCUCCAAAAGUAGAGAAUCUGACCAAUUAUGUGUUUGUGGAACAUCUCAGAAUGAUGAAAGGGUCUGAUGCAUCAUGGGAAGACAAUAAUGAACCCCCAGAGAAGUACAUUGAUUAUUCUGAUGAUGAAGAAGAAAGGCGAGCCAAAGCUAAGUCUCGUAACCGUGGACACGAACAGGAAGAGGGUGACCAGCUUCCGGGUGUGCGCAAAGUUCGUCGGAGAAGACAGAAAGACAGGGAGACAGUUCAACAAAAUGGUACCGAAGAAACAAAUUCAGGCAAUGGAAAUGGAACACACAAUAACCCUGCCCAUGGAAACAGGAGAGAGUUUUACAGUAACCAGUCUAACAGAGGGAGAAAUUUUAACCAGAGAGGAGGAAGAGGAAGACAACAAAGCCAGCCCCCAAUGGAGUACCAAUCCUUCCAGCCAUUCGGUGCACCUCCAAGGUUUCCACAAACAGCUGAGACUCAGAACAACCCUGUGAACAACCCUGUCAUGUAUCAGAAUGGUGGACCUGUCAGACAGCCAAUUUUCCAGCCCAGAUAUCCGGAUCCAAAUCCGCCUCAAAACUGGAACAACCAAUCACAGCCUCAGUCCGACUGGAAUCCGAAUACAUACGCAAACUCAUCAACCACACAGACCAUGAACUACCCAUAUAGUAGGCCAAAUCAGAAUAAUGCACUGCCUCAAAAUGGAGGACAAUAUUACCCACAAUUCAGUGGGGUAUUUUCCAAUAUGUCUGUACCUCCACCUCACUGCUUUGGACAGCCCCCUCCCGUGUUCAACCGACAGAUGAUGACAGAUCAGAGGUACAUCCAGAAUCCAGCUUUCCAACAGAAUCAGGGAACACCUUUUGACCCCAAUGUUCCACCACCCAAUUAUAAUGUGGGAUAAGAAUGUUGAAUAUGAACUGUACAUAAAAAUUGUUGUUAUGGUUUUAGAUAUGGGAUUUAUUGUUUAUAUACAUACAUUCAUGUACUUUAUGUAACCUUAAAAAAAACUAAAGGUACUCAUUUAAAAAAUAAAAAUGAUCGAGUCAU